UCUUCCCCUUCUUCACCGUCGGCUAACCGCCAUACCAGAGAUAUUCGACGGAGAAGAAGAGGCAAAACUCCGGUCUCCAGCCAUGGACUUGGAAUCAAAUUACGAAGUCACUCGCACAGCGGAGUUCAUUCUUAGCCGGAACUUCACCAGAGUGGCUUUGCAGUUCCCAGAUGAGUUAUUGAAGGAUUCGACAAAAGUCGUGGGUGCUCUGAGGAGCAGACUUCGAUCACUCAGAGAAACUAAUGGCGAACAUAAACAAAUUGGAUUGUUUGUCAUGGCUGACACAACAUACGGCAGCUGUUGCAUCGACGAGGUCGGAGCAUCCCAUGUUAACGCCGACUGCGUAAUACAUUAUGGACAUACGUGUCUUAGCCCGACAACAACUCUUCCAGCAUUUUAUGUCUUUGGGAAAGCUUCAAUCAGUAUAUCCAGUUGUCUUGAGAAUUUAUUAAAUCACACUUUGACUAAUGAGAAGCCCAUUCUGGUUCUGUAUGGGCUGGAGUAUGCACAUGCAAUUCCACAUAUUAAAGAAGAAUUGGUUGAAUCAUCAAGAUCAUAUGGUCCUAAAUCCAAAGUGGAUAUUCAAUUCGCUGAUGUUAUGUGUUCAAUGAGAAAUCCAUCAGAAGACCAUAGGAACUCCAAUGGACUCCUGGGAAUUUUAGGUAGUUAUACUUCUAAUGAUGGUUCAGCAGCUGCAGCUGAUACUAGAUAUAGCAUUGGAGGCUUGAUCUGGGAUAUACCUGAAGAACAUAAAAUGGAGGAUUACCAGCUUUUCUGGAUUGGUCCUGAGAAUUCAGCUUUUGCCAAUGUUGUAUUGACAUUCAAUAACUGUGAAAUAGCCAGAUAUGAUGCAAUGGAGGAUCAUUUGGUAACAGAUGUUUCUCAACAGAAAAGAAUUCUCAAGCGUAGAUAUUACCUAGUGGAGAAAGCAAAAGAUGCUAGCAUUGUUGGGAUUUUGGUAGGAACUCUUGGUGUAGCUGGUUAUCUUCACAUGAUUCAUCAAAUGAAGGAAUUGAUUGCAGCUGCAGGGAAAAAGGCCUAUGUCCUUGUCAUGGGAAGACCCAAUCCUGCCAAACUUGCAAACUUUCCUGAGUGUGAUGUCUUCAUCUAUGUCUCCUGUGCCCAAACCGCUCUUUUGGAUAGCAAAGAGUUCUUAGCUCCAGUUAUUACUCCAUUUGAAGCCACACUAGCUUUCAACAGGGGAAGUCAAUGGACAGGAGCUUAUGUGAUGGAAUUUCAAGAUUUGAUCAACUCUGCUCCUAUGGAGGUGGGAGAUCAACCAAAUGAAGCACGUUUUUCCUUCCUUAAAGGUGGAUAUGUCGAAGACUUUGAUGUGCAAGGAAACUUAUGGGAAAAACAUGAGGGCACUUGUCCAUUCCUUUAGAAGUAAUGCUAAAAGAACAUGAUUACUACCAGCUCAGUCCAUCUAUGCUAAUUUCUAAAAGGGUUAAUAUGAAUGUCCUCUUGUUUUUUGCAUGAAUAACAAUCUUAGUGAUGC